GGAGAAGUCAAAAAACCUGAUCCUCACUGUGCUCGCCGGCCUGUCCAGGUGUGGAUGUUCAGAUAUUUUAUACUUUAUACCCACCUGGUACCUCAUCUGUCGGACCUGUGUUAUGGCGUGUUAUAUGUUUUGUUCAGCGCUUCUGUUCCUGUGUGACUGACUGACGGCGAGCUGCUGGAACAGAGAGUUUCCCCUCAGGAUCAAUAAAGUGUUUCUGACUCUGAGCGUCCUCUUCACUUCCUGCUGCCGCCCGAGCUGCAACACACGAUCUCUGUUCCUAAACUACGAACAACGUGGGAAACACGCUGAACUGAACGUGACCUGGAUCCGGUGAACCGGAUCUGGUGAUCUUCUCCUCGUGACUCUGCUUUAACAACAUCUGAACACGAUGUGUUUUAUUCUUUUCUAUCUUUGUUAAAAAGAUCGACUCCUAACAAAUGCGAUUCUGUCUCUGUUGCUAGGCGACCUCAGGCAGUCCACACUGAGCUGUAACCUGAUAGGCUGACACCAGCGGCCAAUGGAAACCUGAGAGCAGCUCCACUUUCUAUUGGCUGAUCAGGUUACAGCUCAGAUUAUUUAUCAAUAAACUUUAAAAAAUAUCAUUUUAUUAUAAGUUAUACUGUGUAUUAAAUGUAUUAUUUCCAGUUAUUGAUAGGUUAUUGAUUUACGUUCUGCCACUUUUUUAAACAGAUAUUAAUGUUCAUAAUUUGGUGUUUAAACCAUUGUUUUUGUUAUUUUAGAUGAUGUUUUUGUUGUAUUUUUGUGUGUUUGAACGUUUGUACAUUUAGUUUUUGUAUAUUUGAGUUUUGUUUCUUUUAUAUUUUGUGUCUGACUGGAUUCGUAUGAAAAUAUUUAAUAUUUUAAAGUUUAGAAAGACACAUUAAAUAUGAUGAGUGAAAAUGAUUCAUGCUGGUUUAUGUAAUAACGUGUUUAUGUACAGUAUAAAUAAUAACUGUUUAAUGAUAAAGAGAUAUUCAGUCCGUCUGCUGUCGGCCGAGCGAGGCUGAAUUAUUGAUGAAGUGACUCUCUCUCUUUCUCGCCGUCUGAAGCAGAAAGAACGACGAGAACGAACAAGAAGAGGGAACGAAGAGGAGCGACAGAACGACAAGAUGGAGAAGAAGAGAUGAAAGAAAAGGAGAGGAAAUGAAGAGGUGAGGAAAAACAAAAAGAAAAGACAAACAACUGAGAGGAGAAAACCAACAAAGAAGAAGAAAGAAAAACAAGAGGAAGAAUAAACAACAAAAGAAGAAGACAACAAAACUCAACCGGAAUAAAAGAAGAACUGGAGGAAAUGACGGAGUGAAAGACGAAGAGCGGAAGACAGAGAGAACGAGACAAAGUGAACACAACAAAAGAAAAGAGGAUGAGCGGAGAGAGAAAACUGGAAUAAAAGUCAGAGGAAGAAAAACUGGAGGACAAAAAGAAAGAAGAAGAGAGGAGGAAGGAGAAGUGUAAACAACAAUAAACAAGAAGAAGAAGAAGAGAAGGAAUAAAAAGGAGGAAGAUGUGAUGUGAAGAUACAGGAAGAAGAAUAUCCAGAACAAGAUGUCGGACGACAGACAAAAAGAAGAAGAGGAGGAGGAGGAGGAAGUGACCUGUCAGCCCCUCCCCCCUGCCCCCUCCUCUGUUGCCGUGGAGACGAUGAUGUCACUGAGGAGGCAGGACCUGGUCUGCAUCGUGUGCUUCGGCAGCUACGACCUGGCGACGCGGUUGCCGCGGCGACUCCACUGUGGCCACGCCUUCUGCCAGGCGUGUCUGAAGAGACUGGACACCGUCAUCAACGAACAGGUGUGGAUCCCGUGUCCUCAGUGUCGACAGAACACGCCUCGGCCCAGAGGAGGAGCGACAGGUCUGGACCUGGACUUGGCCUCCUUCCUGGGAGUGAAGGCCCAGCAGACCUGCACCUCCUCCUGCUCCCUGUCCUCCCGGAGCUCCGGCCGCAGGGAGGGGGCUCCGGCUGCAGAUGCGGCCCAGGACGGGAAACUGUGGCUGGGGAAGGAGGUAACCGAUGACGGUUGGUCACACGGAGGUCUGGCUGAGCCGCGCUUCCAUCGCUACGGCAACUGUUGCCCACUGCCGUCCUAUUGGCUGUGCUGCUGGUUCUGCUGCCCGGGGCGGGGCUAGGACCGACCAAUGGGUGUCCUGACUUUAGUUCUCCCUUCGGGUUGGUAAAAUUAUUCUGAUCUGACUGACGAUGUACAAACUUUACGAUAUACAAAUAUAAUAAACAUGUAAUGUGUUAUUGA